UUAUAUUUUAGUUUAUUUGACGAAUGCAUAGAUAAGUAUGAUGUUUAUAAAGUGGAAACGAUUGGAGAUGCUUAUAUGGUGGCAAGUGGUGUACCGACACAUAAUGGAGGAAAUCAUGCACCGGAAAUAGCAUUAAUGGCAUUAAGAAUCCGACAGGAAGUCAGUGGGUAUACUAUACCACACAUGCCGGGUAGAACUCUGCAGAUAAGGAUUGGAGUACAUUCAGGACCAUGUGUUGCUGGAGUAGUUGGUACUAAAAUGCCAAGAUAUUGUUUGUUUGGAGACACAGUCAAUACAGCAUCCAGAAUGGAGUCUAGUGGCAUGGGUGGAAGAAUACACAUAAGCAGUGUCACACAAGCUAUGUUAAACGAUCAUGGGAAUUAUGUAACUGAGUUUAGAGGUAUCAUUGAUGUAAAGUCCUCUGUUGUAAAGUUAAAGUCUAUAACAGGGCCUGUGUAG